UGCCUCUAAUUUGCCUGGGUCGGUGUCUUCCCUUGUCUAUAUAUCGUCCUAGCAGCUAACUGUUGGAGCCCUUGUUGUGCCACCAUUCUUCAUUCUGCUGCUUGCGAGAGCUAGCUCUUCUAGUCCUACCGGCCGGCUUGCAGGGUGAGCUUCUGUUUGAGUGAAGACCGAUCCGACUGGAUUGAGCAUAAAUGGCGGAGGAGGCCAAGAAGGUGGAGGUGGAGGCGACCAAGGACAUCGCUGAGGAGAAGGCGGUAGUGCCGCUGCCACCGCCGCCGCCGGCCAAGCACGACAAGCCGGCCGACGACUCCAAGGCCAUCGUUCCUGUCAAGGAUGCUGCUGAGAAACCUGCGACAGGAGGUUCAACUGAAAGAGAUGCUUAUCUCGCGAAAAUUGUAUCCGAGAAGAGAUUGACACUGAUCAAUGCUUGGGAGGAAAGCGAGAAGGCUAGGGCCGAGAACAGGGCCGCCAAGAAACUGGCCUACAUCACUUCUUGGGAGAAGGCAAAGAAAGCGGAGAUGGAGGCCGAGCUUAAAAAGAUCGAGGAGCAACUGGAGAAGAAGAAGGCAGCGUACGAAGAGAAACUGAAGAACAAGCUGGCGAUGCUCCACAAGUCGGCAGAGGAGAAGAGGGCGUUGACCGAGGCGAAGCGAGGGGAGGAGGUCGUCAUGGCGGAGGAGAUGGCCGUCAAGUACCGCGCCAAGGGCGAGGCUCCCACGAAGCUCUUCGGCCUCUUGAAAGCAUGAGAAAUGAGAAGGUGCCCACGAUCUCUGCAGAAGAAUAUACAUAUGUCGGGAUGGCAACUUGUAGAUUUGGUGCGUCGCAUGUUUGUGGUGUGUGCAUGUGUAUUCGAAGGCCAUUGAUGUGUAUGAAUCUUGUUGUUGGAAGGUUUGAUGUUUGGUGCAGUUUGUAAACGAAUUGACCAAAUGCAAUCCACUUGAGUGAGCUUCCAUGAAA